AUGGCCGACGACAGCGAAAUGGAAGCCUCCCUCAAACCCAUCCUCGACCAAACAUCCCUCAAAUGGGUCUUCGUCGGCGGCAAAGGAGGCGUCGGCAAGACCACCACCUCCUGCUCCCUCGCCGUCCAAAUGGCCAAGGUCCGCAAAUCCGUCCUCCUCAUCUCCACCGACCCGGCACACAACCUCAGCGACGCCUUUGGCAUGAAAUUCGGCAAGGACGCGCGGCCUGUGGAGGGCGUGCCCGGCUUAGCGGCUAUGGAGAUUGAUCCGAACGGGUCGAUAAACGAUUUGAUCGCUGCGGGAGGGGAUGAUGCGCAGGACGCGAUGCAAGGGUUGGGGGGUGUAGGGAAUAUGUUCCAGGAUAUGGCGUUCUCGAUUCCGGGUGUGGACGAGGCGAUGAGUUUUGCGGAAGUGCUGAAGCAGGUGAAGGGGAUGGAGUAUGAGUUGAUCAUCUUCGACACCGCGCCGACGGGGCAUACGCUGCGCUUCCUGCAGUUCCCGACGGUGAUGGAGAAGGCGCUGGAGAAGUUGAGUGCGCUCAGUCAACAGUUUGGUGGCAUGAUCAACAAUCUCGUUAAUGCGAGAGGUGGGUUGCCGAAUGGACAGAGUUUUGAAGACGUGUUGGCGAGGAUGGAGGAUUUGAGGAAUACGAUUGGGGAUGUGAACAAGCAGUUCAAGAACCCGGAUCUCACGACUUUCGUGCCGGUGUUAAUACCCGAGUUCCUGUCGCUGUACGAGACGGAGCGCAUGAUUCAGGAGCUGGGGGGUUAUGAGAUCGACACGCACGCGAUGGUGGUGAAUCAGCUGCUGUUCCCGAAGAAAGACAAUCCGUGCGAGCAGUGCAAUUCGAGACGGAAGAUGCAGAAGAAGUACUUGGAGCAGAUUGACGAUCUGUAUGGGGAGGACUUUCAUGUGGUCAAGAUGCCGUUGUUGGUGGAGGAGGUGAGGGGCGUGCCGGCGAUAACGAGUUUCAGCGAGAUGCUGGUCAAGCCGUUCGAUGCGCCGGAAUAG